AACGCAAAUAACCACCAAGUAUAUAAAGCCCCUUUGCCUCUUUAAUUUUCGUUAAUUCAGCUCCAAAUUACUCCGGCUAACAAUCACAAGCGAAUCGACAUGAAAAUCUAUAUCCUCGCCGUUUUUCUUGCCUUGGCCUGCGCCGUCUCUGCCCAGAUCCCGGCCGGUUGGAACUACAACCCGUACCUUUACUUCCCUUACUCCGCUCUCCAGCCUCCGGCACAAGAGACCGCCGAAGUAGCAGCUGCUCGGGCCGCUCACUUGGCAGCCCACGCCGCCGCCCGCGGUAAAAGAUCCGUCGAAGACACCCCUGAAGUGAAGGCCGCCACCAUCGAACAUUACCGGGCCUACAACGCCGCUGCUACCGCCAACGGAAUGCCGAUGGCCUUCUUGCCUGCCCGUUAUGCAAAUAUGCCGUUUGCUAUGCCUCAGCCAGUCCAGGAGACUCCUGAAGUUGCCGCUGCCCGUCGAGCUCACUUAGCCGCUCACGCUUUGGCCGCCGCUCGUGGCAAACGAUCGGUUCAAGACACCCCUGAAGUGAUGGCCGCCACCAUCGAGCAUUACCGGGCAUACAACGCCGCCGCUGCUGCCAAUGGAAUCGUGGCCUACCUGCCCGCCAGAUUCACCAACAUGCCUUGGGCUAUGCCUCAGCAAGUUCAGGAGACCCCCGAAGUGGCCGCAGCUCGUCGCGCUCAUAUGGCCGCUCAUGCUUUGGCCGCUGCCCGAGGUUAAUAUACGGUUAUCUUUGAAAAAUCACGGAGAGCAAAGUCUGUAGAUUGUCUUAGCUACUCGAAAGCCACCUGAAAACUUUGAAUUAUCCCUCAUGAUUAUGAAUUUUACAAUUGGAAAAAAUAAACCGUACGCUUCUUUUUCAUAAA